CCUUGUGUGUCCAAUCACACUUUGCCAAUAAAGAAUUCAAUUCAUUCAAUUCAAUUCAAUUCUAAAUGCAUGCAUAGAUUAGUCUAGCUAUGUUUCCAUAGUUUUAUUUGUAUGUAUAGCUACUGGAUUCUGUGAAUAGAACUUUUCUUUAUGAACCAGAUGGAAUUCUGCAUUAUUGCCUUCCUUUCAUCUUUGUCAAGCAAUUUGGAUAUAUUUUGAUUUCUGCAUUUUAUCACUAUGUUAUGUUGCUUACAUUAAAAUACGUGAAUAGGUUUACAUAUGAAAUAGCACCAGUAUUCAUCAUAAUGGAGGAGAUCCUGGUGAAGAAGAUGCAGGAAAUUAUCGGAUGGGAAGAGAAGGAAUCAGAUGGCAUAUUUUCUCCAGGAGGAAGCAUAUCAAACCUCUACAGUGUUUUAGUUUCUCGCUAUAAAUACUACCCUGAGAUUAAAGCCAAAGGCAUGGCAGCCCUUCCAGAGAUCAUAUUGUUUAUUUCUGAACAUAGUCACUAUUCUAUAAAAAAGGCAGCAGCCGUUGUGGGAAUUGGGGUGGAUAAUGUUAUUGCUAUCAAAUGUGAUGAAAGAGGGAAAAUGAUUCCAUCUGAACUGGAAGAAAAUAUUAUCAAAGUCAAGAGACAGGGAAAAAUACCACUGUAUGUUAGUGCCACAGCUGGGACAACUGUCUAUGGAGCCUUUGAUCCUCUGGCUAACAUUGCUGACAUUUGUGAAAAAUACAAUCUUUGGAUGCAUGUGGAUGCGUCAUGGGGAGGUGGCUUAUUAUUGUCAAGAAAGCAUUCCCAUAAGUUGAGCGGCAUUGAAAGAGCCAAUUCUGUUACAUGGAAUCCUCACAAACUGAUGGGCGUUCCGCUACAGUGCUCGGCUUUUUUAGUCCAUGAAAAGGGUCUUCUCCAAGCCUGCAACCAGCUCCGUGCUGACUAUCUCUUCCAACCAGACAAGGCUUAUGAUACAGUUUAUGACACCGGAGACAAGGCAAUCCAGUGUGGUCGACAUGUUGAUGUCUUCAAAUUGUGGCUAAUGUGGAGAUCUAAAGGCACAGGAGGAUUUGAAAUUCUUAUCAACAAAUUUUUGGAACUUGCGGAAUAUCUUUAUAAGGAACUCAAGACAAGAAACAACUAUGAGCUGGUUUUUGAUGCGGAGCCUGAAUUCAGCAAUGUAUGUUUCUGGUAUAUCCCACCAAGUCUUCGACAUAUCCCCAAAGGGCCAGAAAGAGACAAAAGACUCCAUCAGGUUGCUCCAAAAAUAAAAGCGAGGAUGAUUGAAGAAGGCACUACCAUGGUUAGCUACCAACCUUUGGGGGACAAUGUCAACUUCUUCCGAAUGGUCUUCUCUAAUCCAGCAACCAAAAAAUCAGAUGUUGAUUUCCUCUUGGCAGAAAUUGAAAGACUUGGGAAGGAUUUAUGA